GCCGUGCCUGGGCCGGCGGGGGAUGGAGCUGGCGGAGGCGCAGGGCGCGGUGUUGGCGGUGCUGCGGGCCACGCGCGCGGCGGACCUGCCCCGCCUGCUGCACUGGAUGCGGACGAGCAAUGAUUUUGAUGACUUCAUGCUGAGUAAUAAUGAUGUUAUGCUCAGAAGUAUUGCUGAAGAUCUUAGAAAAUGCUUACCCAUUGAAGGAAUGCUGAAUUCGGAACAUCUCGCUAUUCAGAGGUCACUUUUUCAGAUGCAUCAGCAUCCAGAGCCUAUGAUUCAUGUUGAUGCAUUCCUUUAUGAUGACGACUUUGUUGAUUCAUUGUGUGAGGAAGGAAAAAUGAGUAGAAAUUAUUGUGUGGCGUGUGGAUCACAUAAGACUGCACCUUUAGAGUUUAUUUCUCAUUCCUUUUCCCUCAUGGAGCUGAAGUUUCUUUAUCAACAUGUAUUGCCUGACCUGACAGGAAAGGCUCUGGUUGAUGUUGGCUCCAGGCUCGGUGCAGUGCUGUUCGCGGGCUGUCUUUACAGCUCAGCAUUCCAGUUAUAUGGAGUGGAAAUGAAUGCAGACUUUUGCCACUUGCAAGAAAUGAUGAUCACAAAAUACCAGUUCAGUGACAGAGUAAAGGUGAUCCAUGCAGACAUCUGUACUCAGGCUUUACUUCUUCAAAAUGCUGAUGUAGUUGUAAUGAAUAAUGUUUUUGAAUAUUUUCUUGGUAGCCUGGAGCAAGCCAGAGCCUGGGAAUUUAUUAGUCAAAAUGUACGGAAAAAAGGGUUGUUGUUAGUGACAGUCCCAAGCCUUGAAGAAUCUCUCUCAACCCUGCAGAUGGACAUACAGCUCAGUCAGUGGGUAGAAGAGGUGCAGUUGGACUAUGAUGUGUACAUGGACAAGGACAUUGAUAGAGAAGCACUUCAACAAAUUCAUUUAUAUAAGAUUGUCUAAUGUGCCAACCUGUUUACUUGUAACAGUGUAAAUUAGGUAGUUGCUUGGUCAGCACAGAACUCAUUGCUUUCAAUGGAAUUUGUGUGGCAGGAUGAGGAUUGAUCCCUAUAUCCAGGAAAUAUUGCAAAAAAAAUCUUAUAGUUUAUUUUAGAAACUACAUGUUGUUAGGAAUGAAAAAAAUAAUGAAAAUGUGCUUUUGAGGGCAUAUUUUGAGAUGUGUAAAAUUUCUUAAAGAAAUGUUCUCCAUGUCAGAAUACCACAUUGAAUUUUAGCUAACAGGUCUGCCUGUGCCUGUUUUGGACAUAAAUAUUUGGAAGAAUGACUGACUGCAUCCUGACAACCAGGGAAUCCAUCUUGUGCACUGUUCAUUACGGUUAAAGUUAAAUACAAGCAUUUCAAAUGGAAAAUAAUGAACCAGUAUUAAUAGUGAGCCAGUAUUAAUUGUGAAUGUGAAUGUUAUUUAAUACAACUUCAUUUUAAAGCUA